GGUGUUCAUAAUAUCAUAUUACCCUGAGCUGGCCACACUUACACACUCAGUUGGAAUUCUUGGAAGAGGGAUGUCCAGAAGUUUAUUCUUGCCAAAUCGAUUGAUUUCGCACAGUACAAAGGCCCAGUUCUUAGAAAUACGCCACAAUUUAAGGCAGAACACUGUGGUCACCCCCUGUGACGAUGGGUGUGUGUGUAGGGGGAAAAGAACGCAUUCCUUCAUGUAUUAUCGCUCCAGUUGACUCCAGUUUAUCGUACUGACCUUGGUGGUCGUUUCGAGGGAUGGCCAUAAAUAUUUUUUUUGAGCCAGUUAAGCUCUGCUUUUGUGCACUACUUACCAGCCAUUUCUUAGAAUAACUUCAUGAAUUUUGUGGCCACCCCUAUGACAUCUGCUGCAGCCAAAACGCAUACCACCAACCCAUUGGUAUGAUAACACAAAGGUUGAAUUUACUGCAGCUAAGCUGGCAAGCUAAAGACACGUGUCUUUAGCUGCCAGCUAAAGACGCGUGUCUUUAUAAUUUCCAUACACCAGGCCACCAACAGUUUACUUCGAAACUUUGAGUGGUAUCAUGGCUGGCCCUUCCACAAGUCGUGCGCUGACGGAGGUCGAACAAGUGACCGCGCUGAACGAAGUAUUAGACGACGAAACCCUAAGUAAUUAUAGUUCCGAUGAUGAGAGUGCAUCGGACUAUGAUUACACACAACUGGUGCCACCUGAAACCAUCAGUGCUAGUGAAAGGGACAGUGAUCCUGAGGAUAUCGUGGCCCACGAUGAAUUGGAAGAGGUGCCCAGGAGAUUUGUGUGGGAAGAUAUCGAUUCAUUUCACGCUUCGCGAGAAUCGUUUUGUGGUGUGUGCGGUCCCCAGUUCGACACUGCCGAACUAGAUGUCGUCAGUGUUUUUGAAAGCAUUUUCGAUAUUUCCCUUGUGCAGCUGAUUGUUGAUGAAACGAACAGGUAUGCUCAACAGGAAAUAUCGAAAAUCGCCAGACCUCUCACAUUUCGCUCUAGGAUUCGGAAGUGGGAAGAUGUGACAGUGGACGAAAUGUACGUGGUUUUGGCACUAAUUAUGUUGACUGGCAUUGAUCAGAGGCCUACAUUGAGGUCUUAUUACUCAAAGAACCGCCUGCUGUUCACUCCGUUUUUUGCAGAGACCUUACCUCUGGAAAGACUUGAGGUCAUAAUGAGAUUUCUGCAUUUUUCGGACAACAGCAAGCAAAAUGAGUACCAAGGCCCUUCCAAACUUUUCAAAAUUUAUCCCGUCAUUCAGCACCUGAGUAGAAAAUUUCAGAUUCUCUAUCUUCCAGGUCACAACAUUGCCAUAGAUGAAUCCUUGACCCUAUGGAAAGGUCGUCUGUCUUUCAAGCAGUACUUGCCACUCAAGGCUGCGAAAUUUGGUAUCAAAACGUUUGAACUCUGCGAGUCUAGUUCUGGUUAUGUUUGGUCCUUUCUUGUCUAUACUGGACAAGGAAUGGAACUAACAAAUCAGUAUGUGACUGCAGAGACAAACAAAACUACAGCAAUUGUAAUAACACUGUUAGAAAAUCUUCUGGGUCGCGGACACACAGUGUGGAUGGAUAAUUUUUAUAACUCCCCUGAUUUGGCUCGUUUCUUGAAGUCUAAAAAUACAGACUGUGUUGGAACCUUACGUCCCAACAGGAAAAAUGUCCCUCCCUUAGUGAAAGAUAAGAAAUUGAAAAAAGGUGAACACUGUGCUCAACACUCAGGAGACGUGGCAGUUCUUGCGUGGCAAGACAAAAAAAGGG